AUGUCGGCGGUUGAUCUAGUUACCACAGCCAUUGGCACGGCAAAUCUCUGUCUUCAGCAUGGACAAAAGCUGAUGAAAGCCUAUCAAGAUUUCAAAAGCGCUGACAAGCAAGUAAACGAGAAAAUCCUACAUGUGCAAAGCAUUUGGGCCCGAACAGAAAUACAGAUUGAAUUUGUGAAACAGGUGGCAGGUGCCUUGAACAGAGAGCAUUGCAGGAUCCACUUGCAAAUAUUCGACAUUCUAAUAAGCAAACUAUCUAGAGCAGCCACUAAGCUUGAGGCUGUUCUAAAGGAGAAUUAUGGCGUCAAGAAAUGGAAAUUUCCAUUCGUUCGCGAUGCAAUUGACGAGGCUAUUUUGGAUCUUGACCAGUGGCAGCGUAUCUUUGAUCCAACCUGGUAUCUGAUUCUUCUUAUUGGAGAUGAGUUAAUUGACAAAAAAUUGUCAAUACCACCUUCAAUCUCUCAUAUUAGCACGAUAGAUUCAUCCCAGACAGAGAUGCUGAGUGGGGAUUCGCCUCUUGUCCCAGCACAAAGAUUUCGAGGUAGCCUCGGUGCUGAAAGAGAGAAAGAAUCUCGGCCAAAAAUAUCUAUCAAUCUUUCUGAAAGUGGCCUAGAUUGGGGCAAUGCAGCUCAAGUAAAAUACUCUAGUAUUUACUUGAUCCCGAGGGCAGCUUCAAAGAAGAAGUUCGCGGUGGACACGAUUAUUUGCGAUCAGAGUCUCGAUAUCACCAGCGCUAGAGCUGACGCGGAGUCUCUAGCCAAGAAACUCGCCCAGUUAGACCGCCGAACUGCUGGACUCCUAAACUGUUUUGGCUUCAUCAAGAGAAAAGAUGCAGAGGGCCGCAAACUUGCCUCGCUACACUUGGUUUUCAGUCUGCCGGCAGAAGCUUCUGAGCCCAAAAGCCUACGGCACCAUUUCUUGCAUAGCAAGGACUUCAGCUUGACCACGAUAUUGACUGUGGCACGGCAGCUCGUCAGCGCCGUCAGCUACGUUCACACGUGUGGCUGGGUUCAUAAGAACAUCCGCCCGGAAACAAUACUUGUGUUUCCGCAACAGAAAGCCGCUGACGCCUGUGCCCUAGGGCCUGCGUAUCUCUUGGGAUUCAACUCAUUUCGAAGUGUCAACUUUCGCACAAUGAGAGCCGGUGACGACGAGUGGGAUCGGAACCUUUAUCGAUAUCCCUCACGGCAAGGAUUGCUUGCUCAGGAGGACUACAUAAUGCAGCACGAUGUGUAUAGUCUGGGAGUAUGUCUCUUGGAACUGGGCUUAUGGGAAAGCUUUGUCUGCUGCGAAAGCGGUACAGGAGAUCAAAGAGGCGAGAAGAAGCGUCCAUCGGCAAGUUUGGGACUUGAGCUGGACAGCUUCCAAUCCCAGGAAGAGGGAUCUGUGCUAUCAGCGAAGAUAAAAGCUCGGUUGGUUGAUCUCGCGAGAACCAAGCUGCCGUCUCGAAUGGGUGACAAGUAUACGUCUGUUGUUGUUACUUGUCUUACAUGUCUUGAUCCAGGCAACAAAGAUUUUGGAGAUGACGAAGAUAUGCGAGAUGACGAUGGCAUUCUGGUUGGGGUUCGCUUCAUCGAAAAGGUCUUACUCAAAUUAGAAGAAAUAGCAUUAUAG